AUGUCUAUAUCCGAUCUCAAAAAAAUAAUUAUACAAAAAUUAGAAUCAAAAUAUGGUGCUCCAUUAAAUUCAGAAAUAUGUAUACCAUCUGAUGAAUAUAUCCGACUUCAAUUCUGGCCAAAGAAUCCUGCUACACAAACUGCUUCACAAUAUACUGGAAGAUUCAAUAUAAAAUAUAAAAUACAAACACGGCAACUAUCAAAAUUCCAUCCAGAUGCACACUAUUGUGCAGCACUUUUUCAAUACAUGAGAUUAUUUUCAAUUAAAUUUCGAAAAUAUACUUCAUUUAUCUGUGCAGAUGACAAACAUAAAAUAGCAAUUGGAGAAGGAAUUGCAACUUCAACUGGAGUUCGUAAUAAAAAAUCACUUGUGCCACAAAAUGUGGAUUUAACAUCAUCUGAUCAUGAUUAUACGAAACUAUCUUUAACACCAUCAGUAACAUUAUUCAUAGAUAUACCAGAAAGUAUUAAUGAAUCUUUUUAUCAUGGACAAGUUUAUGUAUCAUAUAAAGAUACAACUUUUCAACCAAGUACAGCAAUACAACAUGCCACUGAAAUUUAUAAUAAUAUUAAAAAGCAACAUCAAGAAAAUUUACCUGAAAUGCUUUUAUUAUCUCCUAAUCGGCACCAUUUACACGAUUAUGCAAAUGUAGGUAAUACUUAUACACUGAUGGUGGUCCUGAUCAUAGAUGUUAGAACUGCACCAUACCAUAGCUGGAUGAACCCUGCAGAGCGUGUAAUGUCAAUAUUAAAUUUAGCAUUACAAGGAGUAACACUGCAACAUGAUAAGAUGGAUGAUAUUUUAGAAGAUAUAUUUAAAAGUAAAAAUACAUUAGAAGAAAUUUGCUUGGCAGCUGAAGGAAAUAAACAGUUAGCAAUUCAAUUGCAAAAAUCUAUUGAAGAGGUGCAAUCUUUAUUAAAAGAGAGAACUAUCCGAUUGUCACUUAAUGAAAAAAGCUUUCAGCACUAUAAACUUGCUUAUAGAAUGCAAAUUGAUGAAUUAUUUGAAAAAAUUUAUAAGAUAGACGAAACUUUAGAAUUACAUGAAACUUCACUAAGAAAUGCAUUGAAUUUUAAUGAUUUAUAUGGAACUGAAACAAAGGAGCAUUUGCCAAAUUUAUCCAAUUCUUCAAAAGAAACAAUUCCAACUGGUCUAAUUAAUAAUAAUCGCGUUCCAUCCUUAUUAAAUGCACAAAUCAAUAACCCAGUCACGUCAAAAGUUAUAGAAUUCCUUUUUUUAACAUCACAAUGUAAACUUUGGACAAAUGAUAUAAGUGAAAUGACUAAAUAUUUUCACAAACCUUCUAGACAUUUUAAUCGUUUAGAAAAUCUAUUAUGCAUUUUCCAUUUCUAUAACUUAUCCUUUAAUACAAAUUUUAAAUAUAAUGUUACUGGUGGUUUACAUCCAAUUAGUUAUUUCAUCGUUGACCCCAAAAAAUAUUUUGGUUUUGUUAAAUCACUGAAGAACAAGAAUAUUUUCUUCUUGGAUCAAAUAAUUAGCAAUGACGGUGCUUUUCUUAAAACUUGGAAAGAGAUCAAGAAAUUAUUAAAAAAUAAUCGAGGGCGUCGACCUAAAUGGUAUGAUUUUCUUAAAGAUAAUAUCGUAUUAAAUCCUUCAACAAAUCGUUUACAAUUUAUGACUCAAUCCGAUAAUAUGUCACCUGAUCUUUGA